AUGUCCACACGAGGCCCCACGAUCGCUCCUCGUACGACGUUGGCGCCUUCCCCGCUGAAUCUGGCGCUCAACGCGUCUUCUCCUGAGUCAGCGUCUCCAGGAGCGUCAAAUCAGUCAGUUCCCUCUAUCGUCACCUCCAGGGAAUGGGUGCUCCCUCCAAGGCCCAAGCCGGGCAGAAAGCCUAGCGUGGAUACGCCGGCGCUGAAGCGGAAAGCUCAGAACAGAGCUGCCCAAAGAGCGUUCAGAGAGAGGAGAGCAACCAGAGUCCAGGAGCUAGAGCAGAAAUUGCUUGAGGUUGAAAAAGAGAAGGAGGUCAAGGAGAUGGGGCUUGUCAACACAAUCAACAAGCUCAAGUUCGAGAACCAGUUUCUCAUCAAGAGUAUAGAGCAGCUCAAGCACGAGUUUGCCUCGUUCAGGUCGUCGUACGGCUCCCCUGCAUCUCCCCACAACAACCAUCACCACCCUCAGAGUGCUGGGCCCUCUCCCAGGCCAUAUCAUAGUCAGGCUCAGUCUCAGGCUCAGGCUCAGGCUCAUGCAAGCGGGCAGCAGUCCCAGCUGUACACUACCACAGGCACAUCCUCGGCUCCUAGGAGCCAACCCCCUUUCCACCGUGGCUCUCAGAGCUCCCAGAGCUCCCAGGGUUCUCUGGCCAUGCUCAAUGCCAAUCCGCAGGCCAGAGCGUCUGAAUACAACCUUGACGUGAACCAGAGCGCCCAGCACCUUCUUAAUUUUGCAAAGUCGCUGCCUGCCAACCACUCCACAGGCUCUCCUGCCUCUCUGCUGUAUUCAGUACAACAGAUUCUGCCCGCUCCCAGCGCCGACUCUCCUCCAACGGCUCUGUUAUUCCGCCACGUGCCUCCCAGCAAAUCUACACUCAUUAGCCCUACGUCUCAGGAUGCUACUCCCAAUAAUAAAACAGCACAGAAUAAGAACCAGAACAGUAACGAUGACUUUGACUGCGGCGUGUGCUUGAAAGAGCAGUGUCUCUGUGAGGAUAUUGGUCUCAAGUCGAAGCCUGCUGCUAUUGAAGAUCAAUUCAACUCUUUUACUCCUAUGGCUGCUGUUCUGCUUAAGAGUAAGAAGAGAUCUCACCCCAACGAGAACGGAAGCCAGGAAAUUGAUUUUACUUCUGAAUAUGCGGUCAAGAAGAUGCCAGACUUAAAGAAGCUAAAGAAAUCGCCUCCAGCGUCGGGCAAGAAGGUGGUGGUGAAGAAAGAGCAGGACACUCUCCUCCCCAUUAACACAUCCACGUUUAACGAGGACUCGCCGGUUGAAAAUUGUGGAUUUUGUUCCGAUGACACUCCUUGUGUGUGCAGAGAGGCUGCCAAAGAAGCAGCUAGAAUCAACGAGUCCUUGGCGAAGAAGCCUGAGGAACCUGAGCAAUCGGAAGAAUCCACAACGUCCCUUCCACCUCUCCUUAAUUCAUCGGCAAUGCGCAAGGCUUCUUUGCCAGUGAUGCAUCCUGGCCCAACUCUAGAGAUCCGUGAGUUUACCAACCUCACCCCAGGAUCCGUUCCUACAGUUGUGACUAAAGACGAAAAGCUGGAAAAGCUGGAACAAGAUGAUUCCGAGUCCAAGUCUGGGUGCACGGGCAAUCCAGGCACUUGUGCUCAAUGUCAAACUGACCCCAUGUCUACACUUUUUUGUACUACUGUUGCAAGUCGAGCUGCAACAACUACCAGAGAGCCCAGUGAAGCUCCUGAACCAACGCGACCAGUUCUCACGAGACUGAGUGCUGACUCGAGAAUGCCUGCUAGUGCAAGUCCUCAGGAAAACUCGGACAGCGCCAAAGGAGCCGAGUCUCAGGGCAGCACCGGCAGCUCGCGUCCCAACAGCUUUGCCCCACAAACAACGCCGUCGACGCCGCUUCCGACCACCCCAGGUGGCUCUACAGCAGGCAUUUUCAUUCCCUGCGCUGACGCUUACAAAACGCUUUCCAGGCAUAAGCGAUUUAAUAGUGUGGACUUCUCGUCGCUUGUGGGCAAGCUCACCACGCGAGGCAUGCAAGUGGAAGUCCAGUCGGUAGCCAAUGUGCUCCGAGAACUCGACAGGAAGGUUUACGAUUAG